UCGUGGUAGUUCCUCUGGUGUGCAUUGUGGUGUGGAUGAGUGUUGGAGUUACCGCAGAUCCAUAUUGCACGCCAUAUCCAACAGGUUCCACAGACCCGAACAGUAAAGCACCACCGCUGCCGCAGUUCCCACAGGACUAUCAUGUUCAUGUGGAGGCGAAUAUGAUCGAGCAGGGAUACACCUUGGAUUCAUCCGAGUACUACGAUAGCUAUUUAAACAAAGCAGCCAUUACCCUGAACUACGCAGACCAAACGGUGACGCUGGUCUACAGUUACGGAACCAACGAGCUUUUUACAAUCACAGAUCUGAAGGAUUGUGUUGUUACUCAGCUAUCCACGGAUGACAACAGAUUCCUAUUUGGGGAUACAGUUUCUAAUGGACGGGUUCACGUGUACAAUUCCGCUGGGGCGUUCAGAUUUGGAAAGACGUUUGGCGAGAAAUACUUAGGCUCGACCUAUGUGCGAGGGGUUCCCGUUGACCACUGGCAGGCUUGUCUUAACUGGCCAGAGAAGAAGAGUACGUUCACAGUGGAUUAUUUUUUCACAGCCAUGAAUUGGUCAACAGCGUCAAACGAAGAUCAAAUUCCAGUGCGAGCUGACGUACAGGGCGUCUCAGUGGGUGAUGACGGCAGCUCUAAAAACUUCCAUCACGUUUAUGAUUUCUAUCACUACCGCCCUGACCACGGUUCUACACAUGACGACACCGACAAAUACGAGACUCCUCCAGGUGUUAUCUGCCCGGGAAGAAAUAAAACACGACCUUUACCAACACUCAAGGGUCAAUUUUUCUACCGACAACAGAUUGUUGUACCUGAUGGCAACCUAGUGAUGGGAGCAGAUGUUUGGUACGACUCAGAAUAUAAAUUGGUACGGUGGGAUUACAGAAACAGCCAGCCCAAGGCGCCAUUUUGGACCACGAACCCACUCUCGGAAAUUCAUGACUUUAACACAGGCGUGGCGUAUGUCACUGAUCAACUGCUAGGAAACUGCUCCAUUGUUCCAAUUGAAGCUACAGCGUUUGACGUAACGGAGAAGAAGACCGGAAAGUCACCCAGCGCGGCUUCAGAUCCCAGAUAUGCAGUUCGUAUUAAGAAUCCACAGGAGAUGUUCUUUCUGGAUGACAGCUACGACUAUGUAGGCCAGAGGACUAUUGAGGACAAACUUUGUGAUUUGUAUGUAUCAAACAGAACUGAUUUCGUCGUGCCGGGAACCACUGGCCCGUACAGAACGAUAUUUGAGUUCUACUUUCUCUCGACGGACUGGACUGAGGAAACCAACGACGGAAUCUCCGCAGCUUCUGCAUAUCCCGUCCGGUUAAUCUUGAGUGCGGAAGAUAUCGGUUUUCAGUCAAUUUAUAAUUUUUACGAUUUCAACGAAGAACACCCGGAUUUGACAAACUUUGACAUCACACAAUGUUUCUCUGAAGACGAAAUGACCGAUUUCCAGGUGCACUUCAGUGGGCGGUUUAUUCCACUAGUCGAUCAAAACAGGAAAUAUUUUGAACUCGAAGCUCGUUUGGGACUGGCCAAGUACGCCGGUAUAUCCCCAAUUCGACUGCAGAGGUCAUCGUUUCACUAUAACACAUGGAGUUUCUAUUUGGAAAUGACCCUCUUGGAUCGACCCCCAAUGACAGCCCAGUUCCAUAAAUACAACGGUAAGGUGCUUGCUAACAACAACGACAAAAGCGUUCCUGAUGAAGGAGAUCCCAACAUGUGUGCUAAUCUAUGUAUCACCGAAACAUCAUUUGUGUGCAACAGCUUCGAUAUUUGCCCACGAAAGAACAUGUGUUUUUUGAGUAAAUCAACGGUGGAUGACGGAGUACUGUUAGACAACUCUCAAUGCAGUCACUAUUCGCGGAAUAUUGUCAAUCAGACUAUCAUUGGAGCGCAAGCAUCAACGGCCUACAGCAUUUUAAAGACACUUAUUUACAAGAACAUGGUUACUGUCCAGAUUCCAUUGCCAGCAGGAAAGAUGAAAAACUACAGAGCAAUUAGCAUACGGAAUAACAUUGUUCGAGACAUCACGGAGGCACCAACAUUGUCGUCAGGUGCCAAGUUAAGCCAGUUUACGUCCGUGCGCAAUAAGGCCUUGCGCGGAAAUAAUGAAGACCUCUUACCAGGAGUGACUGUUGAUGACUGUGCAGCCGCAUGUGUUGACGAGGACGUCUUUUUCUGUCAGUCGUUUGAAUACUGCUUCAACACAGGAGACUGUCACCUUAGCAAACGCCAUCCUGGAGAAGUUCCUUCGAUGAUUAUCGAUUCCAACAACUGUGAUCUCUACAGCAGGAAUUACUCCUCGAAGUACACAAAAACCCCUGGAACAGUCAUCUUGGAAAGAGGGCAGGUUAUUUAUCAGAAGAUUGUGGGCGCAGAAAUGUGUGCUAAACUGUGCUCCGAUCUCCACAAGUUUACCUGCAAGUCAUUCCAAUACUGUGACGAUAUCUCCACAUGUGCACUGAGCCCAACACAUUUUAUGGAUAUCCCACGGAGUGAUAUUAAAGCUGAACCUCUGUGCGAUCAUUACACCAGAAAUUAUAUCGACGAUUUCAAGUUUAUCAAAGGUCGGCAACUUGCACUUACCAAUAACCAGAUAAUAGAGGGAGUAACCGUGGGCGAGUGCGCCAAAAUUUGCGCUGAGCAAGGAACCGGCUGUUUGGGGUUUGACUACUGUGGGAAUGACACAUACUGCCGUCUGACGUCAGACAGUGUCAAGAACGUAGGACAGGUCACAUUGGAGAGCAACGCCUUUUGCAAUCACUAUUCCAGACAAUAUUAUUCUGAUGGAUCAUCGGUCACUUCGUUUUCAGUCAAGAACCAGAAAGAUUCAAGUCUUAUCUAUGGGAACGGUUCUGCUGCUGCUCUAGGUGUGAUUAUGUUUCUCAUGGGAAUACUGCUGACAGUGGCUGGAUAUAUUGGCUUUAUGAAGUUUUACAGAGGUCAAAGCCUGGAUUUGAUGAAACAGAAUUUUGUUACAAUGGACACUUUAGAGCAAAGUUAAUUCGUUUAUUUAGUGAAGCCUUUCCAUAGAUGCAAAUUAUUAACUGGGGUUUUAUCCAAAAAUAAGCAUUCCAUCAAACUAUGUGCGGAUUCUGAGUAAUGAAAACAAUGCCUGUUCAAAGUCUUCAAAGAGAAGAUAUUUCACCUAAAGAGAAAAAUUUGGCUAUAUUAAGUGAAGUGGUGAUUAGAUCUUUGGACCAAUGAAAUUCCCAUAACCCUCUGAAACAUUUCUGUCUUUUCUUUUCUGAAGUAACCAUAUACCCUAUGUCAAACGAAGAAAGGCAGACAGGUAGAACCAUGUAUAUCAUUGCGCCGGGUAGGAUAAUUUUUACUUUGUUCCUUUUUAGAAAUCAAAAAAUGAAAAGCUGACUAUUGAACUUUUAAUAGAUAAGAGUGAGUUAAACUGAAGCUUCAUAAGUAUGAGUGGAAAACAUGGCAGCAACCUUCAACGCCCCAAAUGAUGGAUUAUCCACUCGCGCAUGAGUUUUUUGAAAGUUGAAGAUUAAACUGUAUAUGAGUAUACAAGGUAAGGCAUUGAGUUUACUUCUUCAAGAGCAAAAGGCUUAGUGAGAAUAGCGAGAAAGAAGACUAUGUUCAUAUUUCUGUAAAAUUCGGGUAUAUUACCUUGUUCAAAGUGUAGCCUGACGAAGUCCAAUGUUUGCUUACUCGACGAUCCUUUUUACAUGUACAUCAUGUAAUUCCGAAAGUACUUUGUAUGCUCUUUGUGCGAAAAUCUGAAAAAGGAAUCGAAUGUGAUUUGUAUAUUUUCAGAA